CGAAGGUCAUGCAUUCUAACGUUGUUUAGAAGUAAUUUCUCUCGGAAAAUUUCGAGAGAGGCCCUUUUAGUUUUUUAAUAUGGCUCUUUUGAAUCGAAAACUGAAAGAAAAGGAUGCAGACAAGCUCCCUUUGAUGGAGAAGUCUGAGAAAGUUGUAGUCGAUCUCGAUGAGGACGACGAAAUUGGCGAAGAUGCUUUUGUACAUCAUGGAAUCACGCUAUGGGUUUCCGAUGCUCUCAUCAUGAUAGUACAGCAUAUACAGAUUUUUGCGUUGAUAUUAGCCAUGGGAGAACGCUGGGGCUAUCCUAAAACGUUUGUGCAAUACGCCUCAUACGUGUUUAUCUUUAAUUUAGACAUUUGGGAAUUUCUCAAAGUCUCUUCCGGAGCAUAUACUGGUCCUCAAAACCUAAACUCGUUCUUGCCUUCGGAAAGUAUCGGCAUAAACUAUGGUUAUUAUUUGUUAGGAUGGACCAUUGGAGUCGCUGUGAUUGGAUGUGCAUUUUUGAUAACUUAUGCAGUGUUCCUUCAUCGAAAACCACUGUAUCUGCUGCUUCAUGUUGCGAGGAUGAAGCGUGUUUUCAGCGUUUUUAUCCAGCUUGUCUGCCUACCUGUGGGUACUGCAUAUGCCCGUGUUUUCCAUUGUCGAAGCGAUGGAGUGUGGAAUGUUGAAAACAGUGUAAAGUGCUACAGUUCGGACAGCGUCGAGCAUUUGGUGUUUGUUGCUAUCGCAGGUCUGGUUGCAAUUCUUGUGUUCCUGGCCUACCCAAUAAACAUGAUCAGGAAAAUUCGUGGUCAAGUCGUCUGUUACAGUGAAGAAAAACAUGAGGGUUACUUGCAACUUAAAGAAGCCGAAUACAAUCAAGGACUUGACAUUUUAUGGGGAGUCGGACAGUUCCAUCUCUUCUCAUCAUUCCGCCGGCUUUGGAUUUUUUACAGACCCAUCAUGUUCAUUUUAAAAUUUUGCCUUGUGUGUUUUUAUGCAAUGUUCCUGUUUUUUACCGAGAGCAACAGAUUUACUUUGGGUCAACGUCUUCUCACCAACCUUCCUAUUUUUGUGUUCUUUUUCCUUAUUCUUUUUGGGUUGUUUUCUUCUGGCCUGGCCCGCCCUCCUAUAAAAGCUUUCAGGGCUUUCACGGGCUGGUGUUGCUGGAAAGGUAUUUCACGACUGUUACAUGUUCUUUUCAAUAUCACUCCAACUUGGGUGGUUGCGAAGCUCUUUCUGGUUCUAUUGGCAGGUGGUUUGUUCACCAUUGAUCGGUUAGGUGGUGGAAUAGGAGCAUUACUUUCUAUGCUAAGUCUGAUAAUGGUCCGAAGUCUUCCUUUCCGUGUUUCAGCAUUCAACUUCAUGAUUCUGUUCUCCUUACUUAUCAAUGUGGGUAAUGCAUAUAUCGGUGUCAUGGUGGAGAUGUACAACAAUGGUGAACUUGUGAAUGCCUUCUUUGUGCCUCCCAUUCCAGAAUUGAUAUUGACUUGGGUGAACAUAGCUUGGCUGUGUGUUGCAGUUCUGUGGCUUGUGUAUCUCUUGCUCCGGUACUUGCACAUUGUACUUCCAAAGCAACCUCUCUGGCCAAUGCUAAGUACAGAUGGAAAAAGCAACAUCAGUGAAGAAACAAAGAGGUACAUGCGCGCUGUUCUGAGAGGCCGUCAUACAUUGGAGAAAGCACUUUCAAGCCCACCCAUGUUUGCACCUGUUCAUGAGCUGGAGAGGCAGAUUCACAUCAUCAAUGCAUACUGCCGAGAAGCAGAAUUCUUGGAUGAUCCAACCUUUGAUUCCCUCUGGGAUCUUCUUGAUGAAUUGAUUGAAGCUCAUAGAAACUUGUCACCUCAGUCGCUGUUUGCUCUGUCAGUGAAGAAGACUAUCCGUGAGACAGCAAAGGAAUUCAUGGUCUUGAUGCCGCAGAUGAGAAAAAGGCUCGAUCAGCGUGAAUAUGAUUUCAUCCUAAUGGAUCCUAUGAAGAAACGCAUGCUUUUGAAAAUGUAUGUGCUUGGUACAUUUGUGAAUGGACGUAUGGAUAAAGUCAAACAUGAUGUUGAACAGAAAGUUUACAUGGCACUUAAAGAGGCAGAGAAGACCAAAACUCCAUCAAGUCUGUAUGGUAGCUCCACAGCAUUUGACUGGGACAGUAUGAUUGACUUAGCUGGUCCUUAUUCAACUUUUGAUGCAAUGAGAACUGUUUCCAGCACAGGUAGUCGACCUGGCACCUCAUUCUCAGUGGCUUCUAAAGCAGAUAGUGUAGAUAAGCUGUUGGAUGAAGUUGAAGAUUGGGAGGAAGGACAAGAGAUGGCCAAAAGAAGAAAGAAAAUAUCAGUAGGAUCAAUGCCAUUGAUUGAAGAACAUCCUUCUUCUCCUUCGGGCUCCACAGGCUCAUCAUCUUCUCUACCUGGUCAAGUUAACUUUGCUAAUGAUUGACCAUGACUCAGAAGUGCUGGACGCUCCUCAUUGCAGAGCCAAAGAAUGAUAGAUGGUUCAACUAUAUCAACAGCAUUAAUUGGAGACAGUUCUGCUGAAGAACAGCCUAGUAGCUCUCAAUCACAGUCAUCAUUAAGAAGUGGUGAUCGCAUUCCAUUAUUGUAGUAUUGAAACUGUUUUUUACAAAUGAAUAUUUCAACAUACUAGGAUACAUUCAGGCAUUGACUGACACCAGUUGUAAAAAGCAUCACCUGAACUAUGGCCAGCAUUCAGUAGCAAGAGUGUACUUUCCAUUCACCUUAGUUGAGAAGGCUCAUUUCUAUUUUUAAACCCAAUCACAAUCAUCGUCAUGAGUAUUGAUCAUCAUCUUUAUUGCUACUGGUAAUUUUGUACCAGAAGUUGCUGUGUAAAUAUUUAUUUUUUUAAAUUGUUUUUCAUCACAUCAGAUUAUAUUUUCCUAUUUAAAUUUCUAGUAUUUAUAAAUUGAUAUCUGUCCAAUGCAUGACAAGUUAGGUAGAUUAGCUGAUCAAAAGUUUCUGGCCUCACUAAGAGGUUUCAUUUAAAUCAGAACUGUAUAAAUAAUUGCCUGUGUUAAUAAAUAAAAGCCAUAUUUACACCCCCAUGACACCUAGUAUAGGUUAUAACCCUUUGGCUCCCAUAAGUGACCAAGGCAGAAUUUCUCUGUACAGUGCCAAUAUGAUGUCAAGCAGACAAGUAAUGAGCAUAGCUCACAAAGACAAAUAUAAACAGUGGAUUAGUUGAUCCAACACCAAAUUCUCCAAACUAACAUUACAAGAAUCAUAUGGCAGACAGUAAGGAGAAUUACUUAAUAUGCAAUCUUCGUAGUGAAAGGGUUGAGAUUAAAUGUUUUCUCCUACCUCUGGGAAGACAUAAGUUUAGAACUUGUAAUUGCUUCAAGUUUGAAUUUGAAAGGGGUAAAGAAAACAGUAAUUUUAUGAGCACAUUAUUUUUGUAAAAAGUCAUCAUAAUAAACUAGACUUGCUGAG